CUUCAUCGUCCUCCCUACCUACCUCGUGUAUUAUAUAAACAUCUUCUCUUCAUUGGAUUUUGCUUCAAACGUUAGAUAAUCACAGGUGCUUUACCACUUUGAGAGCAUUUUCUGAAGAAAUUGAGGAGCUUUGAAAAUUUUGCAAUAGUUCAACUUAUAUCAGAAGCUAUGGAAUUCAUCAGUCUGGCGAAUAUUUCAUUGGAUCUUAAUGGCAAACCACUACGAAUUAUCGAGGAAGAGCCACUGCCGCCGAAACAAGAGGAACUAAACGAUUUUAUCAAAUUGGGAAGAAAUAUUACAGCGAAAGAAGAAAAAGGUGCAUUGAUUGAGGAACUAAACCGGGUGAGUGCUGAAAACAAGAAACUGACAGAACUAUUAACAGUCUUAUGUGAGAAUUACAAUGAAUUACGAAACCGAGUAAUAUACACGAGCAAGAAUUCUAUAGUAAACAAUGACGCGUCAAGAAAAAGGAAAGCUGAAAGUGGCAACAACAAUGGCAAUACUGAUGGAAUCAAUGGCCCUUCUGAGAGCAGUUCAAGUGAUGAAGAUUCAUCCAAGAAACCAAGGGAACAACACAUCGAACCAAAGAUUUCUCGAUCCUGCGUUCGAACAGAAGUAUCUGAUACAAGCCUUAUACUUAAGGAUGGAUAUCAGUGGAGGAAGUAUGGACAGAAGGUUACCAGGGACAAUCCUUCUCCAAGAGCUUAUUUCAAGUGCUCUUUUGCUCCAACGUGUCCAGUAAAAAAGAAGGUUCAAAGAAGUAUAAAGGAUCAAUCUAUUCUUGUAGCAACUUAUGAAGGAGAGCACAACCAUCCCCACCCCUUGAAACCCGAGCAAGCUUCCAGCUCUAGCCGGGUGGUAACACCUAGCACGGUUCCUCGCUCAACGACCUCUCUAAACUCGUCUGCACAGACCAUUACACCUGAUCUUACAAAACCAAAGCCAGCUACUGAUUCAAUCCGAAUAAUGGGUACACAAUUCCAACAGUAUCUGGUGGAACAAAUGGCUUCCACCUUAACACAAGAUCCCAAUUUCAAAUCAGCACUUGCAGCUGCCAUUUCAGGACAGGUUCUUCAACAAAAUAGCCAGGCAGAAAAAUUGUAGAAUCUCGAAGUAUUUUGUUGUAUAUUAUGACUAUGCUGAAACUCGAACAGUAUUUUGGUACUCAGCUCUGGAUAAAAUUAGAUAAUUUUAUAGAAAAAAAUUUAGGUUCAUUUUUGUUUUCUUCAUGGUUUAGUAUUGUUACAAUCCACAUCAUCAAAUGAUCUAAAAGUAAACCAUGUUAUGCGAAUUUUCUAAACAGUUUGGAAUAUAAA